UACAUCAUCGCCAACAUCAAUUUAACAUAAAAAACAAAAACUUCGUCGCCAAGGAAUUAGUUUACAGGAAAAGUCAAAAAUCAUCACAACAUUUCGUAAGUUACCAUAAAAAAAUCUUGAAGAUGGCCGAAAUGAACGGAAAUUUUUGUGUAAAAUGCGAAGAGAAGAAAGUAAUCCAGACUGAGAAGAUGCUGAAAUGCAACGGCAACUGCAACAAAGGGUUGCAUUACACUUGCAGUUCGUACAAUACGUCUGAACUGCAAUUUCUCGAAAGCAACAAGAACAACAUCAAAUGGUUCUGCGAUGGGUGUUCCCAAAGUAACACCACAGUGAGGGUGUCCCAGUGAUGAAGACAUUCGCACAAGUUCACGAUAAAACCCAAACUGCUGUUCUGAACUCUCGCUUAUCUUAUUUGCAAUCUGCUUUUUCAAUAUGUAAUUUAAUGCUGCUAUUUUAAAACCGUCUGUAUUCAAGGUGAGACGUGUCUUUCUCAAAAUGACAACCAUGACUAGAUAAGGAAAAGAGAAGAACGGCAGUUGCAUUAUUUUCAUCUGUUCAAUGCCUUUUUUUGUAAUACCGUUUUAAUUGAAGUAAACUUUCUUAAUUUAGAUUUGGUUACUUUUUAA